GCACGAGUGUGAGUAAACUAUCCCUUUAAGACACACCCGUGUUGCGCAGUGCACGUAUCUCAAACAAAGAAUGAGGAAACUUUAACUUUACAAAUCAGGGAAUCAAAACCAAUUUGCUGUUAAUCUCUAUUUGUGUGUGCAUGCAGUAAAAUGACAGGAUGAUCAGAAGGGAGGUCUGCCCUCAGCGCAGACAGACCUUCACUCCAAGACCUGUUUUAGGUAAAAACACCAUGCUGCCUGAAGUGGUGGAGAACUGAGGAAGAGAAAACUUCAAGCUUCUCGUCAUAAUCACUGUUAUAGUGGAUCUGGGGAUGUGGAGUGUGACAUCUGUACUGAGGAGAAAAAGACAGCCAUCAAGUCCUAUCUGGUGUGUCUGGAAUCUUACUAUCUCAUUUUGAACGUCAUGAAGAAUUUCACUCAAGAAAGCAUUACAAAAUGACUGAUGCCACUGGGCAACUCCAGGAAAUGAUCUGCCUUAAACAUGAUAGACUGCUGGAAUUGUACUGUCGUACUGAUAAGCAGUGUAUUUGUAUCCUGUGUGUGGUGGAUGAGCACAAAACCCACAAAACUGUUUCAGCUGCAGCAGAAAGCACUGAGAAACUGAGAUAUUUGGGGGAAACCAAGACAAAGUUCGAGCAAAGAAUCCAGGAGAGAGAGGAGGAGCUUCAGGAGCUGAGAGAGACUGUGGAGUCUCACAAGCGCUCUGCACAGUCAGCAGUGGAGGACAGUGAGAGGAUCUUUACUGAGCUGAUCCGCUUCAUUGAGAGAAGCUGCUCUGAGGUGACACAGCUGAUCAGACAUCAGGAAAAGGCUGCAGUGAGUCGAGCUGAAGGACUCUUGGAGCGACUGGAGCAGGAGAUUGCUGAUCUGAGGAGGAGAGACGCUGAGCUGGAGCAGCUUUCACACACAGAGGAUCACAUCCAAUUCCUCCAGAAUGUCCAGUCUUACUGUGUUCCUCCUGGAUCUUCAGACAUCACUGUCAGUUCUCACUUCUCUUUUGAUGAUGUAAUAAAUGAUGUCUCUCAAUUGCGAGAGAAACUGGAGCAUGUCUGUAAAGAAGAGCAAGAAAAAAAUAUUUGGUAGAGAUGUCUGUUGGAUCCAUAGUGAGAUGCAUCCAGAUCAUUCCUGCCCCAGAAUAUGAGACCAGGGAACAGUUCCUUCAAUGUAAGUUACUAUUCAAAUAUAGGAGCAUACACUUACAUGCACAGAGGAAAAAGUUUGAAAGUGAUUGUAAAUGCUUAGAGGUCAAUUAACUAACAUUAAAAAAUGUAACUAUUUAUUCGAUUUGUUUUAUUGAAUUCACUAUAGGGAAACAUGACAGAUGAUGAUGUCAAAUAUUUUAUUUAAAUAUAGCAGUAUUUUAUGUAAUACUUAGAAUAUAGAGUCUCAGCUGUUUAUUCUUUUAAUACUUAGUAAAACCUUUAGUGGUAAAAAGAACCUCACAAAAAAAAAAAAAAAAAGAAAA